AUGGAGUAUUUCCAUAGACUCCUUCACCAGUUAAGUAAGGUACCUGACUACAAUUUCCAUGCAAAAUGCGAAAAGCUGCAAAUUAUUGACAUCAGUUUUGCGGAUGAUGUUCUCCUCUUUUCCCGUGGGGAUGAAAAGUCUGUUCAGCUGCUUUUUGAUCAGUUGCAAACAUUCUCACAGUCCACUGGUUUAGUGGUUAAUCCUACAAAGUGUAGGGUGUACUUCGGGGGAGUGGAAAAUGAGACAAAACACAAUAUCUUGGUUGCCACUUCGUUUAUGGAAGGGAACUUACCCUUUCGUUACCUGGGGGUCCCUCUCACCAGUAAAUGA